CCGUGGGUAGCCCUCUUCCAAUCUGGCAACUCUGGUGUGCGUGGCCAGACGUUUGUUUAGCCCAGAGUUCGUGUGCUUGGGUUUUGUGGUUGAGCAAUGCAUCGUGUACAUCGGCCGUGAAGAAACGAAAAAAAAAAACAAAAAAAAAACCCCGUGAAUUGUCGCUGCAUCUUGCCGCACUGUUGCCGCCAGUAUGACCCAGUACCUCCCGCCGAAUCUCUUGGCGCUCUUCGCACCUCGAGACCCCAUCCCGUACUUGCCGCCGACGGAGAAGCUGCCCCAUGAAAAAACCCAGGGGACAUACACCGGCGUAUCGCAGUACUUGAAUUUAUUCGAGGAUCCCAAGGACACGCCACCUCCGACGCGCGUGGAGACCAGGGAAGAACGCAUCGAACGUAAGAGGAGAGAGAAAGCCGAGCAGGUGGCCUACAAGCUAGAGCAGGACAUCGCGCUGUGGGACCCGUACAACAAUAGUUCAGGCACCCUAGACCCUUUCAAGACCCUAUUUGUGGCACGGAUUAAUUACGACACCUCAGAGUCAAAGCUGCGCCGAGAGUUUGAGGUGUUUGGCCCAAUUAAAAAGAUUGUCAUCGUGCACAACAAGAUCACUGGCAAGCCCCGGGGCUACGCCUUCGUCGAGUACGAACAUGAGCGGGACAUGCACUCGGCCUACAAGCACGCUGACGGGAAGAAGAUUGAUGGGCGCCGGGUGUUGGUCGACGUGGAGAGAGGGCGAACUGUCAAGGGCUGGCUGCCCCGACGCCUCGGUGGUGGCUUGGGUGGCACCCGCCGUGGUGGGCCCGAUGUGAACACCAAGCACUCUGGUCGUGAGGACUCUCGCAUGGAUGAGCGGUACAUGGAUCGGGAUGGUCGCGAUCGCGAGGAUCGAAUGAUACGUGGUGGUGAGCCACGGGGUGGUGGCGUUGGUGGUGAACGGGACCGAGAGCGUGAAAGGAGGCGCAGCCGUAGCAGAGACCGGGAGCGCAGGCAUCGAAGCGGCAAAGAUGACCGUGAGCGGCGUGAGCGACGUCGUGAUAGGCCUGACCGGGAGCGACCCGAUCGAGAGCGUCCCGAUAGAGAACGGCCCGAUCGGGAACGAUCCGACAGAGAACGGCCGGAGCGGGACCGAGGGGACCGUGACCGCGGAGACCGUGAGCGCCGAGAUCGUGGCGACCGGCCCGAUGGCGGCGAAGUGCCUCCAGAACGCGAGAAGCGCCGUCGAAGCAGAAGUCGGGAGAGAAAGCGCAAGCGGAGCCGCAGCCGCAGCCGAGAGCACAGGCGUCGUCGGGAGCGCAACGGCUCCGAGCGGGGUGUCGACGGCAUCAAGCAGGAGCUAGUUAGUGGUGAUCAGUUGCAGCAACAUCAGCCGCAAGACGGCUUUGCGGAAGACAGCAGAUCGGCUGGUGGACUGGGAGGCAACUACGAGUCGACCAAUGCUGAGGGCUACGGCAGCGGUGUUGAUGGGGGAAGUGGCUACAACAGUGAAAGCCAAUCAUCAUUCAAGAUGGAGAGGACGGAGGAGUACAACUAGGCUGCGGCACAGACAAGUUUUGUUUUAAGUUCCAUUCGGGUUAUGGGAGGAAUUGCUCCUUCUAAAACUUUAUUAACAACAAUCAUCAAUCAUUGUGGACAUGUUUUUGUAUUACUUUUCUCCUUGGCUCUAUGGCUUCCCGCCACUCAAUUGUUCUAGUUGUUAACACAUGUGUUCUUGCCGAGAAAGCUAGCCAGACACUUCACAGUAAGGUGUAUGAACUUAUUGCAGGGCAUUUCCAGAAAAUUUGUUUUUUGAAGAGAAAGCAAACUAGUAAAUGUAGUGAGUGAUUUAAAAUUUAUGGUACAAGGGUAGGUAAGUAGGAAGCCUCUCUGGAGGCAAGUGUCAUCGCGGGAACUGAGCUUUUAAAAUUAGAAUUGAUAUUCUGGAGGGAGCAUGCUGAGCUGCGAUUCCUCGCACACCGUGGUCUGGUAACUUGCAUUCAAGAAGCCGAAAUAAAUUCGUGACACUUCUGCCUUGAGCUCUAUUUUGUCCCUUAAUUUUCGCAGCUGUGUAAGCGAAAGUGGAACCUUGCUGUCUGAAGAUGUGUUGUUGGUAUGUAUGCGUUUUCAAGGAGCUCUAAUACAUGCUUGUGGUAAAGAUUUUGAAAUGGAUGGUGAAAUUUUUGGCAGGUCAUUUUUCAGUCAUUAUGAGUUGUUGCAGUGCCAAGAAUAUUGGAGCAGUGUUAUUGGUGACGUACUGCCAGAGCCUGCCCCAUUUGCUUGCCACGGCAGUCGUAGUACUGGUGUACGGCCUCCAAGCACUGACCAAAUCUGCUAGUUCUACCUAGCAUUAUACACACGUUCCUAUUUUUCUAGACUGCAGGCUUUGCGCAGGGCCGGCUUCCAGUGUACCCUGAUGUCAUUUCUGUGCCAAAGCUGUGUUGAAAUGCACGGCAAAUUGAGCAAAUAGUCUUGAUCAGUGUGUUGAAGUAAUCAUUGCAGUCACCUCAUCUUGCGCAAUGAAUGAAGUACAGUUCUGUCCAUCGCUUCAAAUAGAUUUUCCGUAUCUCAUUGCUGCGCUGGUGCAGUUCAUUGGAAAAAAAAAGUGGCUGCUUCCUUGGCUUUGAUAGGGCCUUUGUAAUGAGCGUGCCGGCUCCAGUAAACAUAGAAAAUUUAAUCUACAUUUAAAGUUACGGCGGCUAGUGGGCACACACAAGGACCAACAAGCCUUCAGGUUUCCCUUCAUAGGCUACACCAGCAUCAGACUCGUCUGCUUCAUGGAUUUUGCAUAAUGUACCAAUGGCGACUUUAGAAUAAAAAACGCCAGGCCUGCAUCGAACACACAGCACAGUCACUGAAAGCGGGACUUUAUAGAGCCUUUUUAACAGUUAGGGGUACCUGCUUCAAGUACACUUGCAGGGUACUCACUAUGCUAUGAAAAAUUUUUGCCUAGUGCAGAGGCAUUCACUGUGCCAUUCUUUGGGGAAGCAUGGUACGCACUUUUCACUUGCAAGGAAUCACGCAUUUUUUGAUGCUGUGGCUGACAACGACGAAGAAUUAUGCCAGAGUCUUGUUAUGGCUUGAUGCAUUCGAUGACCCACUCGUUAAGCAAUUCACAUUGUGCUACGCCUGGUUCCUUUUGUUUUUUUUUAUUACUCAUAAUAAAGAGUGUUGCAACG